UAGAUCCACGUGAGUGGAAUGAACCAACACAAUCUCGUUCAGCCAAUACAGCCUAUUAGGCUGCGUGAUGGCCAGGAUGAUGACUCAAAAUUGUCUCUUCGGAUCAGACUCAGAAUACGGGACACUCCGACAUAUGAUCCAUCUGCUGGGUCUGCCGCCGCAAUAUCUCAUCGAUGCUGGCCGGAGAUCACGAUUAUUUUUUCAGAGAAUGCCAAAUGGUUGGUGGCGGCUGAAGACACCUAUAGAUUAUUUUGGGACCGAUCUCGUCUACUCCUACCACACAGUUUACAAGUUCGACUCUCUGGAUGAAAUGAAAACGGUGUGCUCUGAGACGGACAACCCAGCAGAGGCUGAUGAGAGGAGGGAGUGCAUCGAGCUGCUGAAGGCGAUGCUUCAGUGGGAUGAGGACGACAGAAUCACCCCCAGUGGUAUCCUCAACCAUCCCUUUAUCACCAAAAGCUACCUCAGAAGCAGCUCCCCCACCAGCAGUUGCGAUGAACCUAGACCCGCCACCAGCCUGUCCAUCAUGGUUAAGCCUGCAGACCCUAAAAACAGAAUUAACCUGACAGGCUUGCCUGAUGAGGGCAGUGACCUGAAGAGCAGUGAGUAUGAGGACAGUGACAAUGCUGACACUGAGACAGCAAGGAUAGUAAUGAUGAAGACACUGAGGUCAGUGAGAAGAGCAGAGGAAGACAAAGAAGAAGAACUGCUUCCAACACGUCUUCUCUUGGAUAAAGAAGACGUUCUGCUGCUGCGGUGUGUCCGAUGUGAUGAACUGAGCAGCACUGAUGGACUGGAUUCACAUUUCGGACUAACAGUUCCUGACUUCAGUAUCCUUCGCUGGGUUUAUUGUUCUCUUUUGUUUUGAUCUCAUGAGUUUUGUUAAGAAAUGCUAAAUUGUUGAACCCAAGCAGAGAACACACAGAGCAGGCUGAGACAGGAUUAAGCAGAUUUAAUAGAGAAUUCUGGGGGAGACGAGGGUGGGGGAGCAGAGUCCUGGGGGGUCAGCUGUCUUCAGAGUUGUAGGUGAGGGCAGCGGAGCCAGGGGAUGACGGCAGGUGAUCGCCGUGGCCUGGCGUGGGUGUGGCGGCUGGGAGUAGACGGAGGUUUGGCAGAGGUGAGCGGAGCGGCGGCUUGGAGAUUCUGUUGAAGCGAGCCGGGUGGUGGUUCGGUUGCAGGGGAGAGGAAACCAACAGACUGUAGAGCUGGGGGGACAGUGAGGCCGGUCGGCCAGAUGAAUGACGGAACCAGGAGUCCAAAGGUAACCCACCGAAUAAUCCAACAGGAACAGGAGACGAUCGGCAGAACCAGCAAUCCAAGGUAACCCACAGAAUAAUCCAACAGGGGCAGGAGACGAUCGACAGAACCAGGAGUCCAAAAGGUAACACACAGAACAAUCCAACGAUGACAGGAGGCGAACCGAGCAGCUGGGUCAAACUGCAUAAAAGGGUGGACUAGAAAACUUACAGAGUACAUACGUGGCAAGAGGGAAACUGACUCCAUGAGCAGAGUUUAUGAUCUGGCAGGGUGUGGAAGCAGGAACCGGUCUUUUGUUGCAGAUUGUAGGUUGACUGGUCACGCACAGCUGCUCGUGAUCUGGAGUAAUGCUGAUUACUAAGUGGAGCCAGCCGUGGGCUGUCUCCACCCAGCACAGCCAGGGAGAGAGAACAGGAGGAGACUUGUAUCCUGUUCUCACUCUUCUUUCCCCUCACCCCAACCGGUCGAGGCAAAUGGCCACACUCUCAGAGGCUGGUUCUGCCAGAGGAUUCUUCUUGUUAGAAGGGAGUUGUUCCUCCCUACUGUCCAUCCAUCCAUCCUCUAUACACCGCUUUAUCCUCAUUAGGGUCGCGGGGGGUGCUGAAGCCUAUCCCAGCUGACUCAGGCGAAGGCAGGGGACACCCUGGACAGGUCACCAGUCUGUCGCAGAGCUACAUACACAGACGAACAAUCACACUCGCAUUCACACCUACGGGCAAUUUAGAGUACUCACUUAACCUCAGCAUAUUUUUGGGACUGUGGGAGGAAGCCGGAGUGCCCGGAGAAAACCCACGCAUGCUCAGGGACAACAUUCAAACUCCAUGCAGAAAGAUCCCAGGCCCACCCCAGGAUUCGAACCAGGGAUCUUCUAGCUGCAAGGCGAAAGUGCUAACCACUACUCCACUGAGCAGCCCCUCCCUACUGUCUCCGAGUGCAAAUCCAAAGGAUUUGUUGGGAUUUUGUCUAUAAUUAAUCAUUCUCUUGUGCUUUGUCUGUCUGUUUUCUAUCUACUAUCCUAUUCUCUCUAUCUACUAUCCUGUUCUCUCUCCCCUUUACCCUCACCCCAACCGGUCGAGGCAGAUGGCCGCCCUGUCUGAGCCUGGUUCUGCUGGAGGGUUCUUCCUGAAAAAGGGAGUUUUACCUCCCCACUGUCGCCAAGUGCUUGUGUCACAGUACCAGUUGUAUUUUUUGUUAUUGAGUUUGUAUUUUGUAGUUGCAUGGUUUUGUUUUGAGUGUUCGUUUUGAUAUUUUUGUUGAGUUUUUAUUUUGUAGUUGCAUGGGUUUUUUUGAGUGUGCAUGUUAAUUGUUUACUGGGUGGAGUGAUCUUCUUUCCUUUUUUGUGAGUUGUAAUUAGUGAGUACAGCUGGGACUGAUUAGAUGGAGACUGCCAUUGAUUGGACAGAGCUACCUGAGCUGAUGAAGAAAAGAGGGACACACGUGUGAGAAAGGCAGAGCGUGGGGGGAAGAGGAAGCAGAGGAGUAACAGAGAGCGGCUGCGAGGAGAACUGGGGACAGACGGAGACAAAGUGGAGCGACACGACAGUGGACUGAGCCAAAGAAACUCCACGCUACAUGCAGUAAGCAGUGCCGGUUCGAGGGGAGAGGACGGAGGCAGACUGAGUCGGGUCGUGGCUGCACGGAGGCAGGAGCUGAGGGCUGAAGGGAGCGACGGACGCCGAGGAGGAUUGAUACAACGCAGAUUCCCAGAUAAGUGAAGGGAUGCGAGCCAUCCUACCCAGCAGUGUGUGUGUGGUUGGUUGUUUUUCUGGUGUGCCGAAAAUUGAGUGACGCUCCCUCUUCCACAGCGCUGCAGUACGUCGGGACCAGCCGUGAGGAGGACUCGGAGGUACGGAGGCCCAAGGAGGAAGUGUACUGCACGUCACUCAUCGACCUGCGUCGCCUGUCCCCCUGAGAAGAUUCCCCUAAAAAGACUAUUGCACCGGCCAAGAUAAGCAUAGCCUCAAAAAGACCAGUGUGCUCUGUUUUAUUUGGUCUGAUGCCCCCCCCAACAGGACUGUUUUUAAUAGAGCUCCGUAGGAUUUUAGUCCAUUCUUUUUUAAGAAAUUAUUUUAUUUUGGGUUGUUGUUUUAGAUGUAGGAAAUAAAUUUCCCUUAUUGCUUAA